AUGGCAGCCGCUGCUGCGUCCGCUGCUGCGCUCGACCCGAGCAACAGCUCAAAAAACACCCUGAAACUCGAAAAUGUGGACUUACCCCUCCUCCUCCUUCGGGCCACCGAGAAACGUGAUACCCUCAUUGCAAUUGAGAAGAAAUACCAGGCGAAAUGGAAGCAGGACAAGGUCUUCGAGGUCGACGCUCCCUCUUUCGAGGAGAUCCCUCAGGGCUCCAUGUCCGCCUCGGAGAUGCGUGAGAAGCACCCCAAGUUCUUCGGUACGAUGGCCUAUCCCUACAUGAACGGUACUUUGCAUGCCGGUCACAGUUUCACUGCCAGCAAGGUUGAGUUCAUGACCGGAUUCGCUCGCAUGGAGGGCAAGCGGGCUUUGUUCCCGCUCGGUUUCCACUGCACUGGUAUGCCUAUCAAGGCCUGUGCUGAUAAGCUCCGGGAUGAGGUGAACAUGUUCGGCCAGAACUUUGAGGGUUACAAGGAAGAUGAGGAGUCCAGCGCCCCUGCUGCGCCUACCCAGGAGACCAAGCCGGAGGUCAAGGACCAGGCUGAGAAGUUCUCGGGUAAGAAGAGCAAGGCCGCGGCCAAGACCGUGAAGAUGAAGUACCAGUUCCAGAUCAUGCUGGCAAUUGGUGUACCUCUUGAAGAUAUCCACAAAUUCGCCGAUGCUAACCACUGGCUUCACCACUUCCCCCGCUCGCCAUCCUUUGUCACCACCGAUGCCAACCCCUAUUACGAUACCUUUGUGCGUUGGCAGAUGAACCGUCUUCACGAGCUGGGCAAGAUUCAGUACGGUAGCCGCUACACCAUCUACUCGCCGAAGGACGGCCAGCCUUGCAUGGACCACGACCGCACUGAGGGCGAGGGCAUUGGUCCCCAGGAGUACACUGCUCUGAAGUUGCAGGUGAAGGAGUGGUCUCCUGCUGUGGCUGAGCUCGUCAAGGGCAAGAUUGAGGACGAUGCCAAGGUUUACUUCGUUCCCGCAACUCUUCGUCCUGAGACCAUGUACGGUCAGACCAACUGCUUUGUUGGCCCUAAAAUCAACUACGGUCUGUUCAAGCUGAAGGAGAAGGAGUACGUUGUUGUUACCAAGCGUGCUGCCUGGAAUAUGGCUUUCCAGGGUCACUUCUUCUCUAGUGACAACUUCCCUAAGACCCAGGACCAGCUGCCACUCAUUUUUGAGGCCCCCGGAUCUGACUUUGUGGGUACUCUCGUCAAUGCCCCUCUGUCCUUCCAUACCGAGGGUGUCUAUAUUCUGCCCAUGGAUGGCGUCUCGGCCUCCAAGGGUACUGGUGUGGUCACCUCCGUGCCCUCGGACAGCCCUGAUGACUAUGCUACCCUGAUGGACCUGAUCAAGAAGGCCGACUAUUAUGGGAUUAAGAAGGAGUGGGCCGAAAAGGAGAUCCAUCCCGUUAUUGAAACCCCGACCUACGGAAACCUGACUGCCCCUGCUCUCGUUAAGCAGCUGAAGAUCAACUCUCCUAAGGAUGUCACCCCGCUCGCCCAGGCCAAGGAGCUGGCCUACUCCGAGGGCUUCUACAAGGGUACUAUGCUCGUCGGUGAAUACAAGGGUGAGCCCGUCAGCACUGUCAAAGAUAAGAUUCGUCAGGCACUCUACCAGAGCGGAGAUGCGUUCCCCUUCGCCGACCCCAUGGGUAAGGUUGUUUCUCGCAGUGGUGACGACUGUGUAGUCGCAUAUCUCGGCCAGUGGUUCCUGAACUACGGUGAGAAUGACGCCAAGUGGCAGCAGGAUACCCUGGACCACGUCGUCAACAAGCUGAACACCUACGCCGUGGAGACCAAGCACGGUUUCGAGAAGAACCUGUCCUGGCUUAAUCGCUGGGCUUGCGCCAGAACCUACGGCCUUGGUUCCAAGCUGCCUUGGGACAAGCAUUUCCUGGUCGAGUCCCUGAGUGAUUCUACUAUCUACCAGGCCUACUACACCAUUGCACACCUCCUGCAUGGCGACCGUUACGGCAAAACCCCUGGUCGCCUCGCAAUCAAGCCCGACCAGAUGAUCGAUGAAGUUUGGGACUACAUCUUCACUCGCCGUGAGAUCAGCGAUGAGCUGGUCUCCAAGAGUGGCAUCAGCAAGGAUGACCUGUUCCAGAUGCGCCGCGAGUUCGAGUACUGGUACCCUCUGGAUGUUCGUGUAUCUGGUAAAGAUCUGAUCCAGAACCACCUGACCUUCUUCCUGUACAUCCACAUUGCUCUCUUCCCCCCAGAGUACUGGCCCCGUGGUGUCCGUGCCAACGGCCACCUGCUGCUGAACGGUGAGAAGAUGAGUAAGAGUACCGGUAACUUCCUCACCCUGAAGGAUUCUGUCGACAAGUUUGGUGCCGAUGCCACCCGUAUCGCUUUCGCCGAUGCUGGUGACAGCAUCGAGGAUGCCAACUUCGAUGAGAGCGUGGCCAACAGCAACAUUCUGCGUCUGCACACCCUGAAGGACUGGGUCGAGGAGGUUUCCAAAGAUGCUUCCCUGCGCACUGGUCCCGCCGAUGCUUUCCAGGAUAAGCUGUUUGAGAACGACCUUAACAGCCUUGUUCGUGAGACCCAGAAGCACUACCAGGACACCGACUUCAAGCUUGGUCUGAAGUCUGGUCUGUAUGACUUCACUGCCGCUCGCGAUACCUACCGUGAGGCUGCCACCGCCGCUGGCAUUGGCAUGCACCGCGAUAUGGUCCUGCGUUACAUCGAGUUGCAGGCUCUCAUGCUCGCUCCCAUCGCCCCCCACUGGGCCGAGUACGUGUGGAUCGAGAUCCUGAAGAAGACCGAGUCUAUCCACUUCGCCAAGUUCCCCGAGGUCGCCGAGCCCAAGGUUGAGCUCACUGCCGCCCAGAACUACAUCCGUGGCACCUCCUCAGCUAUCCUGUCCUCCGAGGCCCAGCUCGCCAAGCGCCAGUCCAAGGGCAAGGGCGUCAGCUUCGACCCGCGCAAGGCCAAGAAGCUGACCAUUUUCGCCGCCAAGAAGUAUCCCUCCUGGCAGGAGAAGUACAUCGACCUGGUCCGUGACGCCUUCGACGCCCUGACCGUCACCAUCAAUGACAAGGAGCUCAACGCCAAGGUUGGCAAGCUUGGCGAAAUGAAGAAGGCCAUGCCCUUCGUGCAAACUCUCAAGCGCCGCCUGGUCCAGAGCCGCGAGGCCCCAGACACCGUCUUUGACCGCAAGUUGCCCUUCGACGAGUUUGCCGUGUUGCAGGAGAUGGUCUCUGCUCUGAAGCGUAUCUCCGGGUACAAGGAGGUCGAGGUUAUCGCGGUGAAUGAGGGUGGUAAGACCGGUGAGGUCCUUGGUUCUGGCGAGGUUCGUGAGGGUCUGAACGCCGAGAACGCUGUCCCUGGCCAGCCUACCUUUGUGUUCUCCAACAUCGAGGUCGCCGAGUAA